CCAGCAGUUACCCCUGUGGACGAGGAGAGCUCAGAUGGGGAGCCAGAUCAGGAAGCUGUGCAGAGGUACUUGGCAAAUAGGUCCAAAAGACAUACACUGGCAAUGACCAACCCUACAGCUGAGAUCCCACCGGACCUACAACGGCAGCUAGGACAGCAGUCUUUCCGUUCCCGGGUCUGGCCUCCUCACCUGGUACCUGAUCAGCAUCGCUCUACCUACAAGGACUCCAACACCCUGCACCUCCCUACGGAGCGUUUCUCCCCUGUGCGCCGGUUCUCAGAUGGGGCUGCAAGCAUCCAGGCCUUCAAAGCUCACCUGGAAAAAAUGGGCAACAACAGCAGCAUCAAACAGUUGCAGCAGGAGUGUGAGCAGCUGCAGAAGAUGUACGGGGGGCAGAUUGAUGAAAGAACCCUGGAGAAGACCCAGCAGCAGCAUAUGUUGUACCAGCAGGAGCAGCACCAUCAAAUUCUCCAGCAACAAAUUCAAGACUCUAUUUGUCCUCCUCAGCCUUCUCCACCUCUUCAGGCUGCAUGUGAAAAUCAGCCAGCCCUCCUCACCCACCAGCUCCAGAGGUUAAGGAUUCAGCCUUCAAGCCCACCCCCCAACCAUCCCAACAACCAUCUCUUCAGGCAACCCAGUAACAGUCCUCCCCCCAUGAACAGUGCCAUGAUCCAGUCUCACGGUGCUGCAUCUCCUUCCCAGUUUCAAGGUUUACCCUCUUGCAGUGCAAUCUUCCAGCAGCAGCCUGAGAACUGUUCCUCUCCUCCCAGUGUGGCACUAACCUGCUUGGGCAUGCCACAGCCUCCCCAGUCACAGCAAGUGACCAUCCAAGUACAAGAGCCUGUUGACAUGCUCAACAACAUGCCAGGGGCAGCUGCAGGCUCCACCGGGCGGGGCAUCUCCCUCAGCCCCAGUGCCAGUCAGAUUCAGAUGCAGCAUCGUACUAACCUGAUGACCACCUUCAGCUAUGGGCACCGACCCUUGUCCAAGCAGCUGAGUGCUGACAGUGCAGAGGCCCACAGCUUGAACGUGAAUCGCUUCUCCCCUGCUAACUACGACCAGGCGCAUUUACACCCCCAUCUGUUUUCGGACCAGUCCCGGGGUUCCCCCAGCAGCUACAGCCCUUCAACAGGAGUGGGGUUCCCUCCAACCCAAGCCCUGAAAGUCCCUCCACUUGACCAAUUCCCCACCUUCCCUCCCAGUGCACAUCAGCAGCCGCCACACUAUACCACAUCGGCACUACAGCAGGCCCUGCUGUCCCCCACGCCGCCAGACUAUACAAGGCACCAGCAGGUACCCCACAUCCUUCAAGGACUGCUCUCUCCCCGGCAUUCGCUCACCGGCCACUCAGACAUCCGGCUGCCCCCAGCAGAGUUUGCACAGCUCAUUAAAAGGCAGCAGCAGCAACGACAGCAGCAGCAGCAGCAGCAAGAGUACCAAGAAUUGUUCAGGCACAUGAACCAAGGGGAUACUGGCAGUCUGUCUCCCAGUCUUGGGGGACAGAGUAUGACAGAGCGCCAGUCUUUAUCUUAUCAAAAUGCUGACUCAUAUCACCACCACCACAGCAGCCCCCAGCAUCUUCUCCAAAUCAGGGCUCAAGAAUGUAUCUCACAGGUUUCCUCACCCACCCCGACCCACGGUUAUGCUCAUCAGCCGGCACCAAUGCAUCCGGAGAGCAUGGAAGAGGACUGCUCAUGUGAGGGGGCCAAGGACGGCUUCCCAGACACUAAGAGCUCCAGUACGUUGACCAAAGGUUGCCAUGACAGCCCCCUGCUCUUGAGUGCCAGUGGACCUCGAGACCCUGAAUCUUUACUAGGAACUGUGAGUCAUGCCCAGGAAUUGGGGAUACAUCCUUAUGGACACCAGCCAACUGCUGCAUUCAGUAGAAAUAAGGUGCCCAGCCGAGGUAAUCUCCCCAAAGUAAAAGUCCUGGGCCAGUCUGCCCUAAUUCAAUCGACUCAGUAA